CGUUCUAAAAACCUUCCUUUGAUCACUCAUCCUCAUCUUUCAUUGUCCACCGACCUUGCAAUGGCCGAGCUCCAGCCGAUCCACCACACCACAGCCCUCAACCAAAUCGCCAUUGACUACACUCCCGAUGCCUGCCUCCACUCUCCCGACUCCGGGGAGAUCCACGUCACCUACGACCACCGCCGCGGCGCCCGAUGGCGGUCCCCUUCCCGCUUCCUCUAUGGCACUUUUUCCGCACGCAUCCGUUGCCCUUCCGGCAACACCAGCGGCCUCAACUACAACAUCUACCUCUCCUCCCUCGAAGGCGACAAGAACCAAGACGAGAUCGACUUCGAGUUCCUCGGCAAGGACAACACCUCCGUCCAAACCAAUGUUUACACUGGCGGCGUUGGCGGUCGAGAGCAGAUCCAUCCACUGGGUUUCCACGCGUCGGAGGAUUUCCACGAUUAUGUGAUCCGAUGGACUCCAGAAGAGAUCGUGUGGCUCGUUGAUGGAUCGAUGGUGAGGCGGGAGGUGCGAAAGGAAGGAGAGCCGUGGCCAGAGAAGGCGAUGUUUCUGUACGCAUCUGUUUGGGAUGCGAGCGAUAUUGAUGAGGGGAAGUGGACCGGGAAGUAUGAGGGAAGCGACGCCCCGUAUGUCUGUGUUUAUAAGGAUGUGAGGGUGCCGAUUGGGAGUUUCAUGGUAGAGGAACAAGUUGCCGAGUAAUUGUUCCUCUUUCUCCUGCUUUGGUAUUUCUAUUUCCUCUGUAUCUGUUUCUGGUUUGUUUCAGUGUGUGGCUCUUUGGUUUCUCUGUCUUCUUUGUUCCUCGCGAACAAAUUCUAAGUUAUGCUGUGAGAUUAGUUAUGAAUUCCGAAGUCCAAAGCUCCUUUGGUUGUUUGGUUCAAUCUUAAAGGUAAAUGUAUGCUA